GAUGUGCCCGGCUUGAUUUCCCGCUUUUUCUGCAUGCUGAUCUCUCUGGCACCUUGCUACUUUCCUGCGGCAAGACUGUCCUAAGCUUGUCGCAUCCCGAUUCAUCCAUCCCGGUCCUGGGAGCCAUGGAGAUGGGCUUCCUCCUGCUGGGUGACACUCUGCCCGUUCUCGGCGAAGGUGACCUGGACAACUCCGUGUUUGCCAGAAGCCUCGCCCACUGUGGCUUCAAUCCUUCAACUCUUGACUUCAUCAGGUUUGGACUUCCGACGUCCGCCCGCUCUUAUGCGCGUCUAUCGGAUCGCAUGUCAGUGGCUUCCUCCGCCUACCUGGGCUCAACCGUGUUGGUCAUUUCUGCAUGCUCCCUGGGAUCCUCGCCUUCCUUGAGGGGCGCCAGCCGCGCGGGUUCGCGUCUACCUGCCUUGAGCUUCUCAGACGUGGGCUCCCUGCUGUCCCUGCGGCAGUCUGCACGCGCUGAGGCCCGGUGCUCAGAGCCGAAAACACGACGAGGAGAGCUGACCCACUGCUCCCCUAACAGGAUAGCACACUAA